GUCAAAAGCAAAUGACAGUGAUUGUGUGGUUCUCCCAAGAUGAGCAUCGCCAUGAAUGGAGGUUUUAUCUUUCCUACUUCAUCCUCCUCCUGCUUCUUCAAUCAACCACGCCGAACCCACUUGCACUAGAUUACCCGUGCAAGCCACCAUAUCACUCUCACUACCCAUUCUGCAACACCUCCCUCUCCAUCCCCGCUAGAGCCACCAUCCUCACUUCCCUACUCACACUUUCCGAGAAAAUUUCACUUCUCUCCGACAACGCCUCAUCCGUCCCCACACUCGGCAUCCCCCGCUAUGAGUGGUGGUCAGAGUCCCUCCACGGCCUCGCCACCAAUGGCCCCGGCGUCACUUUCAACGGUGUUGUUAACUCCGCCACGUCGUUUCCCCAGGUCAUCGUCUCCGCCGCGUCCUUCAACCGGACGCUCUGGUCCCUCAUCGCCGCCGCCGUGGCUGUGGAGGCCAGGGCCAUGUAUAAUGUUGGGCAGGCUGGGUUGACUUUCUGGGCACCAAACAUUAACAUUUUUAGGGAUCCAAGGUGGGGGAGGGGGCAGGAGACUCCAGGGGAGGAUCCCAUGGUGGCUUCUGCUUAUGGAGUUGAGUUUGUGAAAGGGUUGCAAGGUGGCGCUGGAAUGAUUGGGAAUGAGGUGGUCUUGGGGGAGAAGAGUUUGUUAGGUGAUGGUGGUGAUGAUGAUGAUGCUAGGCUUAUGGUGUCUGCUUGUUGCAAGCAUUUCACUGCUUAUGAUUUGGAUAUGUGGCACCAGUUUUCCAGAUAUAACUUCAAUGCUGUGGUUUCAAAGCAGGAUUUGGAGGACACCUAUCAGCCCCCGUUUCGUGGAUGCAUUCAGAAAGGGAAAGCGAGCUGCUUGAUGUGUUCCUACAAUGCAGUUAAUGGAGUUCCUGCUUGUGCUGAUGCAGAUCUAUUGGGACUGGCUAGAUACAAGUGGGGAUUUAAAGGGUAUAUUACCUCAGAUUGUGAUGCUGUGGCCACUGUUUUUGAGUAUCAGAAAUAUGCAAAAUCCGAGGAGGAUGCUGUUGCUGAUGUUCUCAAAGCUGGUGUGGAUAUUAAUUGUGGAACAUAUAUGCUUCGGCAUACUGAAUCUGCCAUUGAGCAAGGAAAGGUGAAAGAGGAAGAUAUAGACAGAGCUCUUUUUAAUCUUUUUUCUGUUCAAAUGCGUCUUGGGUUAUUUGAUGGAGACCCAAGUAGAGGACCAUUCGGCAAACUAGGGCCACAGGAUGUUUGCACCCCACAGCACUUAACACUGGCACUAGAAGCGGCAAGGCAGGGUAUUGUACUGCUGAAGAAUGAUAAGAAGUUCCUUCCCUUGGAUCAGAAUAAUGAUGCCUCCUUGGCUGUCAUUGGCCCUAUGGCAGUUUCAGACAAAUUAGGAGGUGGCUACUCAGGAAUUCCUUGCUCCUCAAAAAGCCUAUACGAUGGACUUGGAGAGUUUUCUAAGAGGAUUUCAUAUGCUCCUGGUUGCCAUAAUGUAUCAUGCAAUUCUGAUGAUGGUUUUGCUGAGGCUCUUGAGACUGCCAAAAAGGCUGAUUUUGUUGUUAUAUUUGCGGGCCUUGACAUGGCUCAAGAGACAGAGGAUCAUGACCGUGUUAGUCUAAUCUUGCCUGGUAGACAGAUGGACCUUGUAUCAACCAUUGCCGCUGCUAGUAAAAGUCCAGUGAUUCUUGUUCUUACAGGUGGAGGACCACUUGAUGUCUCUUUCGCGGAAAGAAAUCAGCAAAUUGGAAGUAUUCUUUGGGUUGGAUACCCUGGGGAAGCUGGUGGAAAAGCACUAGCCGAAAUUAUAUUUGGAGUGGUCAAUCCAGCUGGAAGGUUGCCGGUGACUUGGUACCCAGAGUCGUUUACCAACGUUCCCAUGACUGACAUGAGCAUGCGAGCUGAUCCUUCUCGUGGAUAUCCGGGAAGGACCUACCGAUUUUAUACUGGAAGUAGAGUAUACGGAUUUGGGCAUGGCCUAAGUUACAGUGAUUACUCGUACAAGUUCUUAUCAGCUCCAAGUAAACUAAGUUUGUCUAAAACUAUCAAACAUAACUCCAGAAAGAGUUUAUUAAGUCAGUUAAUGAAAGCAGAUUACGAAGUUGAUUAUGUUCGAGUCGAUGAGUUGCAAAGUUGCAGCUCAUUGAGUUUCUCGGUGCACAUUUCUGUGACGAACCUUGGUGAGUUGGAUGGAAGCCAUGUUGUGCUGUUGUUCUCUAGAGGGCCAAAAGUGUUCGAAGGCUCGCCGGAAGCACAGCUGGUCGGAUUCAGUCGAGUGCACACUACUUCUUACGAAUCUACUGAAACAAGCGUUUUGGUGGAUCUUUGUGAACACUUGAGCUUUGCAGAUGAACAAGGAAAAAAGAUAUUGCCCCUGGGAAAUCGCAUUUUGAGCCUGGGGGAUGUUGAGCACACUUUUUCAAUUGAAAUGUAUUGAAUUCUUGAUGACAUGUCAAUUGUGUAAAUUUAUUGAUGACAUGUCACACAAAUAUAAAUGUCUAUCAAUGCUAUAAUAAAUUUCUUGAAAACUGGUAUUUGUACUAUUUUUUUUUAAGUGGAACAAAAAAAAUUGUGAGAGAAGUUGUAAGGUGAAAUAUCACUUUGUAAUCAACUGAGAGAAAAAAAAAUAUAGAGUAUGUGUUCCCAGUACAUGUAACAGUCCUCUAAUAAAUUUGGACAUGAAUAAAUUUUGAUGAACAUU